AUGCCUGAGAUGAUCAAGUCGCCCGCAGACAUCAAAACUGCACCUUUCGACCCGCGCUUUCCUAACCAAAACCAGACAAGGUACUGCUACCAGAGCUAUCUGGACUUCCACCGGUGCCAGAAGGUGCGCGGCGAAAAGUAUGAGCCCUGCUAUUAUUUCCAACGAGUCUUCAAAUCCCUGUGCCCUAAUGAAUGGGUUGAAAAGUGGGAAACCCAGCGCUCAGAGGGCACUUUCCCCGGCAGGAUCUAA